UCAAUGGGCGUUCUACCUCACCGCCACGUAGUGCAGAUUCCAUUGUUUGAUUGUUUAUUCUUUUAUUACUUGAUCUUUUUUGUAUGUUUUAGUAUUUUGUCGUUAAUACAUGUGUUCUGUUUUGUAUGAUGUAACAAUGUAAAUUGUUGCUUUGUAUUUUGUAUAAUACAUUUUUUUUAAAACGUAGUACAGAUUCCAGACGUUAUGGGAAAUGUUUCACCCAUCCAUCAGACAUCGAAUUCAGAGUAGUCUAAAUAGAGUAUAUUCUUGUUAGGCAUUACUCCACCACCUGUUACUAUUUGCACAUAUUCUGUAAUCGUUCCAUCGUGACACAUGUAUGUAUUUAAAACCCGUUCUCAAACUGACAAAUAAUUAAAGCGAAUUUUUACUUCUUCAAAAACAUGAUAGCAAUCGGUAGAUGUCCCCAUAUGACCGUCCAAUCUGCCAAGUCCUCCAGUAUCCCAGCAGGCCACAAUAACCGGAAAGUACAUUGGGGGUAAAGCGCGGAUUCGGAAAAAACAGUUUUGAGAAGGAAGCUAACAUUUUAGUGCUGUUUAACUAUAUGCAUAACGGAUUAAUUACCUUUCAGAUCGCUGUAAAUGUGUAUACGUUACUGAGCUUGUGAGUUUAAAUCGCCGAAUAGUAUGUUUUUAUUUUCUUUCACGUUACCAUGACUUCGUAGCCACAGUCACACUGGCCUGCACGCGGGCGUUCGUGCCUUUCAAAGCUAGCUAACAGCUAUCGAACAGUCAGUUAGAUAAAGUUUGACUAACUAGAAACUUGGUUGUUGCUUAAAAAUGUCAGGCUUUAAUUUCGGAUCCGGGUCUAUUGGUUCCACCAACGCUGGCGGAGGGUUUUCGUUUGGAGCCGCUGCCAGUACCCCAGCUGCAGCAGGUACAGGUGGGUUUACUCUGGGUGGAGCUCUGGGUGCUACAGCCCCAGCCUCCACCACCACCACCUCUUCUCUGGGCCUGGGCGGGUCACUAUUCUCACAAAAACCUACUGGGGGGUUCUCCUUUAACACUCCUGCCUCAGGUGCCCCAGCAGCCUCUACAGCCCCUACCACGGGCUUCAGUAUGACCUUCAAUAAACCCUCUGCCUCGGCCCAACCCUUCUCCCUCACUGCAGCCUCCUCAGCCCCCACAGGGGCAGGACUGACACUAGGCUCAGUCCUCACCUCCACUGCGCCACAGCAAGGAGCCACAGGAUUCUCUCUCAACCUAGGGGGUGUGGCCGCAAGUACAGCCCCAUCCACAGGUCUAUCGCUGGGUUCCAGUAUGUUCUCUAACAUGGCUACUACUGGUCUGAGUCAGUCCACUCUUGGAGGACUGGGGUUUGCUUUAGGUUUGGGCCAGACCACUCUCGGAUCAGGGGGGUUGACGUUAGGUUCCCUGGCCUCUACCUCCACGGCGGUGUCAGCGGCCCCCAGCCUUGGACUGGGAGGAGUUGACUUCAGCACCUCCUCAGAGAAGAAAAACGACAAAUCAUCAGGGGCCAGCCCACAAGACAGUAAAGCUUUGAAAGAUGAAAAUUUGCCUCCAGUCAUCUGUCAGGAUGUAGACAACUUCCAGAAGUUUGUGAAGGAGCAGAAGCAGGUUCACGAGGAGAUCAGCAGGAUGUCAUCUAAAGCCAUGCUGAAGGUUCAGGACGACAUCAAGAGUCUCAAACAGCUGCUGUCUGUCAGCGCUUCGGGACUACAGAGAAACGCCCUGGCUAUAGACAAACUGAAGAUGGAGACUGCGCAGGAGUUGAAGAAUGCAGACAUAGCUCUGCGGACUCAGAAGACUCCCCCUGGACUCCAGCACGACAACACAGCUCCCUAUGAUUAUUUCCGGUGUUUAGUGGAACAGUUUGAGGUUCAGUUGCAGCAGUACAGACAGCAGAUAGAGGAACUGGAGAAUCACCUUACUACACAGGGCAGUGGAUCACACAUCACACCACAGGAUCUGUCACUGGCCAUGCAGAAGUUGUACCAGACGUUUGUGGCUCUGGCUGCUCAGCUCCAGUCAGUACACGAGAACGUCAAGACCCUGAAGCAGCAGUACCUGGGAUACCGCCGGGCCUUCCUGGAGGACUCCACGGACGUCUUCGAGUCCAAGCGGGUGGCCAGUAAGAAGUGGCAGAGUGCCCCACGCAUCACCACUGGCCCCGCCCCCUUCAGCAGCAUCCCCAAUGCCGCGGCGGUCGCCAUGGCAGCCACGCUGAGCCAGCAGCAGCAGCCCGGCCCAGGUUUUGGAAGCAACAGUAGUUCAGGGUUUAACUUCAGUAGCCCCGGCCUCAACGCGUCUGCAGGCCUGACGUUUGGCGUGUCCAACCCUCCCGCCACGGGCUUCGGCACUGGAGGUCCACUGCUGCAGCUCAAGAAGCCCCCGGUGGGAAACAAGAGGGGCAAGAGAUAGAGGGGCAAAGGGAACGGUUAGGAUUUGGGGAGGGUAAGCUGAUCCUAGAUCUGUGACUUCCAGAACUGUCCAAGGUUGUUUAAUGGGUCACAGUCCAUGUAGGUGGAUUUGGGAGGGUACGUUUAUUCUAGACCUGUGCCUAAGGGCGACUUCUAGAGCUGUCCAGGGGAGGUCGGGGUGUAACAGUCUGUCCCAGAUCUUUAUUUUUAUACCUGACAGGGGAGCAGAGGGUUUGAGGGAGGGGGUUAUGCAGGACCAGGGUGGAUAAGGUUCAUAACCUGUGUUUUGUUCUUUUUAAAUGUCCUCAUUAUUGUUUCAUCAUGAUUGCUUAGUUUUUGUAGAGUUUUUAUUUUAUACUCUUUGUAAGUGUUUGUUGUGUGUGCAAGGAUGCAUGCAAGGGAGAGAACUGGCUGUGCUGAAUGUCCCACACAGCCUCAAAUUAGAACCUGAAAGGGCACCAGAACACACCAAACAUGCACAAACGCAUACGUACAUUUCCUGUCAAGUGUAAGUUUAUGCAGUGUGUGUGUGUCAAUAGACCGUGGUGUUGUUUUAGGGCUGGUGGAUGAUGAGGGUAUUACGGUCUGUGCUUUUCCGUUGUCUAUUCUGAUUCUCUCUGUUACCAAAUAGUGACGUCAUCCUGUUCUAUUCAUUUGAGUUUAAGUGUAAACCUGUAUUUUCAAACAUCAGUUUAAUAAUAAAAUUCCUGAUGUUGAUGAUGGUU